AUGAAAUCUUUAUAAUUAACUUAAAUACCAUUGAAACAAUUAUAAUAGGAUGAACAAAGUUUAAGCUUUAUUUAACAGUGUAAAUGUUGCAAAAAGAAUAUUUAGAGAGAUAGAAAUAUACUAGAUGAUCUUUAUUGCUAAAAAUGUCUUCUUUAAAUUAAAAAGUUAAAAAUUCAAGUUAAACCAUAAAAAAAAAAAAUUUAAAGUAGCAUAGUUGGAUAGGAUUGUACAAUAUCUAUGAACCCUGAAUUUAAUCUCGAUUUAAUAUUUUCAUAAUGCAGAGUAUGUUUCAAAAAUAAAUGUCUCAUAAAUAUAUGUGCAAAUAACCAUUAUUUUUGUGAAUCUUGUUUAUAAUAAUAUAUACUUAAUACAUAUACAAGAUCUUUAAAUUGUAUCGAUUAAAACUGUAAGAUUUAAUUGAAUUAUCAGCUUGUAUAUUUUUAUUUGAAUGAAGUAUAAAUAACUAAAUGGAAAGCUUAUUUUGAUUAAAUAUCUUGUAUAAAUGAAAAUUGUUAAUAAGAAUGGUAAGUUUUCCCUAAUAAAAUUAAAGGAUGUGUUGAAAUAAUUUCACAAGAUGAAUGUAUUUGUCAAGUUUGCAAAACGAUCUUUUGUUAUAAAUGUAGAACAAUUCAUAGAGGAAAAAAAUGUGAUGAAGAAAAACUUCUAAAAAUUUAUUUAAAAGAAAAUAAAUGUUUUAGAUGUAGUUAAUGUAAUGUUUUGUAAUAACCAUCAUUUUGUCAUAACAAUUAUGAUAUUAAUAAAUUAGUGUAAUGAAAUUAUAUAAUAUUUUAGAUAAUGGAAAGAAAAUAUAUAUUAAUGUUAUAUUUGUAAAAAAUCAUUUUGUUAUGAUUGUUAAGAGAAAAGUUAAGUAUAAUUAUUUAAUAAAUUGAAAUGUCAGCAUUGUGCUACAUAAUAUUAUAGAUGGAAGGAGGAGAAGAUUUUUUGGCUGAAGAAGUUUUUAUUUGCUUUGCUUUUUAUAAUAUUAGUUAUACCAGUUUCAGUUCAUUCAACUUUAUGUUAUGGAUUGAUGGAAGUUAUGGAUUUAGUUAUGCCAAAAUUAGAUUCUUAUUGCAAAUCAGAAGAUAAAAGAGUGCAAAUAAUAAUGUGUUUUUGUUUUCCUUUAAUAAUAAUAGGAAUGUUAGUAUUAUAUGCAAUAUUAAUGAUUCCACUUUUAUUUUACUUUGGAUAUCAAUUUUAUAGAAUAAGAUACUUAAUGAUUGAAGAAUAAAAUUGA